GUUGAUACAAGAAACACAAUAGAAUAUUUUAAUUAAAAUUAUUUAAAAUGAUGAAAUAAUAAAAUAUUUUAAUGUACUAUUUUUACUAUAAAUCUUUAACAAAAAAGCAAUAUGGAAUUUCCUCAACCGCCUAGUGAUAAUGAAACGAGAAAUAUUAUUGACAAACUGGCGCAAUUUGUUGCUAGGAAUGGGCCGGAGUUUGAAAUUAUGACAAAAUCUAAACAGGAAAAUAAUCCUAAGUUUGCCUUUUUGUAUGGAGGAGAACACUUUAAUUAUUAUCAGUACAAAGUGGCGGCGGAACAAGCAUUGUUAAAACAACAGCAGCCUAUGUUUAUGGGGCCACAGCAACAGCAGCAAAAUCCAAAUGUAAAUCAACCACCAGGAAAUAUUGCAGGACUUCAACAAUGGCUUGCAGCAAAUAUAUCAACAGUACCAGGUGGAAAUGGUUCGGCUGGCCCCAAUGUUGCAAAUGUACCUAUACCUGGAACUAAUCCACCUAGUGCUCCGAUACCAGGAGUAGAACAUCUGGUUGCUCAACAAAACACACAACGAGAACAAAUUAGACAAUCUGAGCAAAAUCUAAUGUAUUACUUAAGGCAACAGCAAACUCAAAUAUCGACAAUGGCUUCACAAUUGGAAUCGAAUCGAAUAAAAGCAGAUCUCGAGAAAUGUGAUAUUGAAGUAGCUGAUAUUGAUAAAGUGCUGAAGCCUAUUAUAGAUUCUUGUACAAAGGAUAAUAUUUCUUCAGCGAAAAAUUGGAUAUUACAAAAUGCAACGACUAAUGCUCAUGCAGCAGCUAUAUCACAGUAUCUUUUAGAAAAAGUAAUUCAGCCCGAUGCAAAUUUUGCUCAGAAACUGCACAUUAUAUAUUUGGUUAACGAUGUUCUUCAUCACUGUGCCAGAAAAAAUGCUGAAGAACUAAAGAAAUGUUUGGAAAAUGUUGUUGUGCCAAUGUAUUGCAAUGCUCAUAGCAUGGCUGAUAUCACAGAAGAGCAGCAAGCAAAAUUAGACAAACUGUUACGUCUGUGGGAAGCAAAAGCAAAUUACUUUGACAGCACAUUAAUUGAAAAAUUGAAAAAACCAGAACUGUCUCUUCGAGAAUAUCAGGCUGGGCUUUUGCAGCAGCAUGCUGCACAACUUACACCAUACACGCAGCACACCAGGCAGGCCUUCCAAGGUUAUCAGCAGCAGCAUCAGUCAUUCGUCGGCCAUGCAAUGCAACAAAUCCAGAACAUAGACACCCAAAUUGUAGAUCUCCAACGAGAGCAGCAGCAGCGGGAGCAGCAACAGAGAGAGCAGCUAAUGAUGCAAAGAGAAAGAGAGCAACGCGAACAGCAAAUAAUGCGCGACAGAGAACGCGAACAGCUCAUGCAGAGAGAGAGAGACCGAGAUAGGGAACUUAUGCAGAGAGACAGAGACAUGCGAGAUAGGGAUAUGAGAGAUAGAGAUAUGAGGGAUAGAGAUAUGAGAGAUAGAGACAUGAGGGAGCGAGAGAUGUUUGCAACGAGAGAGAGAACAGAUGGCCAGGGACAUGGAGAGAGAGCGGGAGUUGAUGAUGAUGGAACAGGAGAGAGAGAUGGAGUACAUGCAGCAGCGGCAGAUGGAUCACAUGUCGAGGGAUCAGGGUGCGAACAACCUACCACCACCUCCUCUACAACAGCCUCCGCCUUUAAUACCGAACUGUUCUCUCUCCCGCCUCCGCCACUAAUACAGAACCAGCCUGGAACUCCUCAGCCUGGACCAAACAAGAACGGACCAAUGGUAGCCAGUCCAGCAAUCAUGCCGCCUGGUAUCGGUGGAUUGUUGCCUGAUUUAUCAAAACCACCACCAGGUUUUCCUCUUGUGCCACCGAAUAUCGGUCCAGGUAUGAUGGGACCUAUGGACACAAUGGAGGACUUGACACCUACAAUUCCAUACUUUGAUUUACCUGCAGGACUGAUGGUACCACUGAUAAAGUUGGAAGACAACGAGUUCAAACCAUUGGACCCAGCUGAUAUCAGACUACCACCUCCAGUCCCUCCGAAUGAACGAUUACUGCAAGCUGUUGAAGCCUUCUACAUGCCUUACAGUCAUGAUUGUCCGAGAGACAGCGAGGGUUGGGAAAAACUAGCACUUUACGAGUACUACAAAGCCAAGAACUCGGCACGUAAAGACAAGACCACGAUGGUCACCAACGAAUCAAACAACGAACAACCAAAUCCAUUACAAGAUAAAGGAUCUACAAACACUGCCUCGACUAACAAUAAUGUAAAUGAAAGAGUACGAAGUGGAUCCAUCAGUCCUAUCCUGAGAGAAUUUGCUGAAGAUCAAGUUGUACCAAAGAAACGAUACUGUUCGAAGUCUCCAUCCAGAUCACGGUCGAAAUCCAAAUCUCGAUCAAGAUCUCGCUCUCCAAGUCUGUCACCUCCUAGAGCACUCAACACUUCAAAUAACAAAUUUAGGAACAAUCGGGACAGUUCCAGCAGUAGAGGUAGAGACAGGGAUAGGGACAGGGACAGCAGGGACAGAAGAGGAAGGUAUGGUCCGAGACAUGAUAGUCCUCGAAGGGAUGAUAGAGAGAUCACACCACCCAGCUUUGGCUUAAACAUGUUUGCAAAGUCCACAACCGAGCAAAUCGAUGAAUCCAACAAGGGACACCAAAUGCUGAAGCGUAUGGGAUGGGGAGGCACUGGAUUAGGUACUUCUGGACAAGGUAUUGAAGCACCCAUUUCAGGAGGACAAGUACGAGACAGGCAAGAUUUAUACAAGGGUGUCGGUGUAAACCUGAACGAUCCUUAUGAAAACUUCAGAAAGCACAAAGGAGCCGCUUUUAUAACAAGAAUGAAAGCUAGAGCCGAAGAAAGAUCAUAAAAAUUUACAGAUAUGACAAUAUUAAAUAUAUCAAAUAUUA